AAAUCUCACCACUUGCGAGAUUUGCCAAAACAAGAUGGCAGCCCCCAUGAGUAGUUUGACGUGUCAAAAGCGUGUUCGGUUUUUGUGCUCUGUUUAUGCCGUUUUCAUAAGCACUUUCCCAAUUCUUGCUUUUGCAGAUUAUCAUUUCUAUUCUUUUUCUGCCAACGAUCCAAGAGGCAUACAAGUUUCUUUAAAUGCAUUUCGUGGAAAGCCUGCUCUAAUUGUUAACGUAGCCAGUGAAUGUGGUUACACCAAGAGCCACUAUCAGGAUUUGGUUUGGCUCAGCCAACAGCCAGAGAUUGACGAGAAACUGCACAUCUUGGCCUUUCCAUGCAACCAGUUUGGCCAGCAGGAGCCGGCUAGCGACCGGGAGAUCCUGGCUCAUGUCCAGGAGACGUACGGGGUGGCCUUCCCGGUCUUCGGCAAAAUUGACGUCCUCGGGAAAUAUGCCCACCCAGCUUACACAUAUCUGAUCAAUGCUUCGGGAAAACAGCCCAACUGGAACUUCUGGAAGUACCUAGUGGACCGGCAGGGGCGAGUCAUCGAUGCCUGGGGGCCCUCGACCAGCGUGCGGGAAAUAUACGGCUUUCUGGUGGCAGCGACGAAGACCGGGUCUGGACGACGGGACGAGUUCUAGCUAACUGCUAGAAUCGGUAUUAACCCCAACUCCUUCGGCAUUUUUGCAAGGAUGCAACUUCAAUCAUGCAAUAUCUUCCAACUGACUCCAUGAAAAAAACAGGUGUAUAGCCUAAGGUGUAUAAACACACAAGGUCCGGCUCAAGACAUUGACACAGUGCAUCCUCUAAAAUCAGUCAGCCACGCAUUUGUGCCAUAGAGCCUCAAUCCUGCAAAAGCAUCCAUUUUGCAAAGAGGAUUUUGAAGGAUUUGGGAAGGCGAGGGUUAAUACACAUCAUGAACACAUGAGUAUGAAACCUCUUUUUGUUCUUUUGUUAAAGGUUAAGAGUCUUCCAAUGCAUAUUGUAACCAACCAACAAAAAAAUAACCAUUUCGAGUGUGGAUGUCGUUUUUCCAAUAAAAUCAAAGGGAGUCUUUUUUUUUUGGAAAUUAAUUUGCAACUUGCAUGGACCACUGCAGUUGGGUUUGGCCCUUGUUGAUUUUUUUUCAGUUCUAAUAAUUUCGCCACGAUUCUUGCCAAGAAAUCAGCAACGACAUGUUAUAGACGAACAUAUAUAUGUUAUGGUAACAUUAUAUGAAGUGGCUUAAUAUAUUUAUUGAGCGUAGAAACUCGUAUUGUAGUUUUUACAUUCACUAUAACAAAAUAGUUUCCGUAAUCCGUAUGCAAUUAAAAAACAAACCUCAAGACACUUGUGUGCAUUGACAAGUUAAAGAUCAUUUCAGAUUUCAUAUAGUUACCAUUUAAUUAACAUCUAGCUUAAGCUCGUGGCCUUUAAUUAUUGAGGCAAAUGAAAAAUGAACCUUGAUCCAAGCAUUUUGAAAGCACCAGUAUAAAACAUGAAUGCGAUUUAUAACAAUGUUGUGUACGGUCCGUAUUCAGUCAUGGGUGCAGUAAAUUAUCUUUAAGCGGAAUAAAAUA